ACACCUUUCCCCCGCAUGUUCCAACGUCCAAUUAAUUCCAUGUCAACCAUCCGAGUCUUGCAAGUCAUAUCCUGUUAGCACUUAGACCCCACGGACUUAGCUGCAGCCAUGUCCAUGAACCAGCCACAAGCACCACGUAACUGUGUGAGCUGCAAGGAACGCAAAGUCCGUUGUGACCGUCGACGUCCGUGUUUCAACUGCACCAAAGCCGGUCGGGAAUGUGUCUUUCCAACUACCGGUCGCACACUACGACAGCCGCAACGCAUGAGGCGGGAACCCAUGGUUCGGAGUGAGAAAGAGAUUGAUCUCAUGGAUCGUAUCCGUCGGCUGGAGAAUGUGGUGACCACUUUGCGCCGUGCAAGCCAAACUGAACAGGAUGAAGACUUUACCAACAGUGAGAUGUCAGUUAGUGGCGACAUGGAACAGGGUGAAGCUAUUGCGUCUUCUUCAGCAACAUGGCGGCGUCACUACACGCCUUCAAAUGACUCGCCAGAUGUCGGUGUCAUGGUAGGCAAAGAACAAGGGAGACUCUACGUCGGCGAUGGCUUCUGGGCAGAUAUGCAACAAGAGCUCGACGCAAUAAAACACCAUAUUAACAUACCUGAUUCGGAAGAUGAUGACGUUGACUCUGUCUAUACACCAAACCUUCAGUCCAAUCAUAGGACCUUUUCCAAUAGUGCAGGCAGCUUCAUCUUCAGCAACCGCUCUAUGAGCUCGACGAGAACGGAAGAUCUGAGGCCUUUACCCUCUCAAAUGCUCUUCAUCUGGCAGACUUACGUCGAGAAUGUCGAUCCCUCUAUCAAGGUGCUGCACAUUCCGACUGUUUCCAGAAUGAUUCAUGAUUCUCGAGGCAACUUCAGCUUGCUGCCGUCUUUUAUGGAGCCAUUGAUGUUUAGCAUUGCAUUCGCAGCUGUCAACUCUCUAACUAGGGACGAGGUUCAAGUCCACUUUCGCUGUGACAAGAAAGAGCUUGUAUCUCGAUUCAGGCUUGGAACAGAAGACUCUUUUUCGCGCGCCGACUUUAUCAAUACGAAGGAGCUCUCUGUUGUCCAAGCCCUGAUCAUAUACACCCUCCUUAUUCGUCUGGAGGAGUCUCAGAGAUAUGUCUGGGCUAUAACCGGACUAAUUUCUCGGAUAGCAGUAGCAAUUGGGCUGCACCGCGACGGCUCCCAUUUUCCUGAUAUAACCCCUUUCGAGGCCGAGAUGCGGCAUCGGGCGUGGAGUUAUAUCUGUGUCCUCGAGUUUGCCACUGGUGACUUCCAGGUGCCAGGACUAUCAAUAUCCGACGCUGUCUUUGACACACGCCUCCCAUCGAAUCUAGACGACGAUGACAUACACCAGCAAAUGACAGCCUUACCAGAAGCUAAACCAGGGCACACACAAACAACCCUAUGCCUGUUGAGAAAUAGAAUAACAAAGGUUAGCAAGCAUGUUAAGACCGUGACGGCUUCCAUGUACCCCUGCCGUCAGAAGCCCGAUGUCGACACGAUUCACAAGCUCGACGAGCUUUCCCAAUAUUCUCAGCGGGAAUUUGCGGAAUUUCUCGCUUCCGUGCCGCCAGACCAACCGAUAUGCCUUCUCACUCGCACCAUGGCAGCUAUUGCGGUGAGGCGGCAUGAACUCAUACUGGAUCACAUUCGGCAGCCGUCUUUGCAAGCCAGGGACAAUUCUCUUCGCAGAGAUAAGCAAUUUAUCUUGGCUUUGGGAGUUCUCGAAGACAUACAUAUGCUCCAGCAUGGCCCGUCCACGAGAAAAUGGGCAUGGCAAUUCUACGGUUUCGUUCAGUGGCAGCCACUUGUUCUAGUGCUUUGUCGGCUCUCCGUUGCAGAAUUCGAUGCUAUGGCAGAACAUGCCUGGAAGAUCGUCAUGAAAACUUUGGAGACAUGCCCAGAAUCUAUCAAGGAAGAACCACUCUGGCAACCGCUGUUCAAUCUUAUUCAGUGUGUGGACAAGAGGCGGCUCCAGCAACUCAAGUGCAGACAAUCUGAGAAUAUUCGAAAACACCGUGACCCAUCAAAUUAUACAUGCUCACCAAGAACCCUGGAAUCAGAACCCGGUAGAAGUGGUGGGAACACACUUCCAUGGACGGAGCCGAACGAUCUUCCAAGGUCCGAGCAAGAUCAUUCGCCCACUGCCCUCUCGGCAACAAGCACGCCGAGCUUAGAAUGGCGCUCCCAGAACUGGUUCUUGACGGAAGGAAAUAACCCAGAUAUAGUCAUGGGAGCCAUGGAUGCCAUUACUAGUGUUUAUGAUCGUGAAGAGGAUUAUCUACCAACGGGGUUGGAGCAAUCAGCGGCUGGGUCACAGGAGCAGAAUAUGACUGAAAAGUCAUCUGACAGUGUUGAAUCUUCUAGGUUGGCUCAGUGGAAUGAAAUUUUCAAUACCAGUGAACAGUUUGUGCUAUGGGAUCAGUGGGCAUUAUGAGUAGGAAGCUUCUGUAGAUUUAUGUAAGACACGUCCAUGCACAAUGCUAUCGC